CGUUCCACCAGGCGUAUAUUGUGGAAUGGGAGCAGUACGAGCAGAACUUGGACGAGAACAACGAGCCGCACACAAACAGUGCGUACAGGCACUACCAGAGCUGGUAUCAAGGUGCGACGCGGCAUAGGCUGAGGGAAGCGUGGACGGAAGAUGACUACGCCGAUAUCCAGUCAUCCGACGAUGAAGACACGGUGUACGAUCAGAGUACUCGUGGUGGAAGGCAGGUGGAGGCAGGACCAAUCCUGGAUAGGAUGGGGCGUACCCUACAAAGCUCAGUUAGAGAUAUAGAGCAAUUUCGUCCACGAGUUAGGGACCCCGAGACGCGGAGCUUCCUUGAGCGAUUGUCAAAUCGGCUUCGCCGUGCGGCUGCUCGUUGUGGUUGCAGGACUGCCACGACGCGAGACGUGCACGUUCCAUCUCUGCGCGAAGGAGGCGUCGGUACGUCCAGCCAAGGCCCCUCAGGAUCGAAAUCAAUUGCAUCAGAGGAAGACGACGACGACGAUGACGACGACGACGGCGGCGACGAUGAGCAGAGGGCCGAGGAGAUUGGCCCGUCUCAGCUCCAGGAGGCUCCCUUGACUCAGCCUACACAGGCUGUAGGGGGCACUAGACUACGUCAUCCACGUUCUCCAUACACUCCAGGCACCGACGCCCUUGGUCACAAGGGUAAGGGUAAGACUAGGAGGCAGUGACGAUUCUGAUUGCGAACUUUGUAUCAUAUGGACUAUUGUGUCAUUCGGAACUCUUUGUGGAUUCUAUUGUGUCAUUCGGAACUAUUUGUGUCAUUCUGAACUUUGUGUAAGGACUUUCA